UUUUUUUGUUGUUGUUGUUCAGCCCAUGAAAGAAAUGUUGUCAAAAGACAUUUUCUAUGCGACGAAACCGUGUUUUCAAUCGAUUACAAAUCAUGCAAAAAUAAAAGUGUUGUCAAAAGGAAUUGCUUGUGUAGCCUUAGGGUUAAGAGUCUCUCAUUUGAUAGACAUUGCUCAUCUCAACUUGGAUCAGGCACAACAGUUAUCAAGAAACUUGCAAAAGAUUCCUAUGUGUAGGGAAACCAUCCUAUUAGUCCAAUUCAAAGAUAGAUUUACAUUCGUAUGCAACAAGAAACGAAUGAAAGAGCAUUAUGAGGAAACCAUGCUUCUUCAUCCUCAUGCAUUGACGUUUAUUGCUGUAGAAGGAAAAGAACCAGUGCAACAUAAAGAAGCCCCUGCCCAUGUCGUGCAUUGGUUAAGCCAGAAAUUGUAUCCACAGUUGACAAAAGAGGUUUGCUACUUUGAUAAAGUACCUCCUUUUAUGGUCGCUUUAAAUGGUUGGUUUCUCGAAUAUCCCGUCAUUUACACAACGCAUUCUAUUCACGAUGAUCCUGAAGGAGAACUGGAUGAAUGGGAGGUGAAGCCAAACUGUCUUGGCGGUCGAACGCUCCAUGUCAUUCGCCCGUGCAUUCAAGAUAUCGUCUUUUUUGAUGACGAUCACAGCAGUAACGAGGAUGCAUUAUUCAGUUUUAGUUGUCCUGAAGGCACACUGGAUCGGCAACACCUCGAAUUAAUGAAACAGAAUUUAAAACUCAAAAUCGAUCAACGAUUGGACGAUCUAGAUCGUUUAUCGAAAGAUGUGGUAAAAAGGAACAGCAACAAUCACAACAAAAAAUGGACGUGUCAGAUACAAGUAGAAAAUGUUUCUUUAGAUCGAUUUGCUUUAUAAAUAUUCAUACUGUCGCGAGGAUG